CAGGCCACUGUAGUGGGUUUCCUGGCUGCAAUUGUGGCAGUGGGCCUGGGGGCUCUGAGUGGAGGGAGAGUGACAGCCCUGGAGGCAGCAAUACUUUGUGCCAGCAGUGUCACCACAGCCUUCAUCUCUGCCUUAACUCUAGGACUGGUGGUGGUGGCUGUCAUCAUCGGCUCACGAAAGAUGGGUAUAAAUCCAGACAAUGUGGCCACGCCUAUAGCAGCCAGUCUGGGAGACCUGAUCACACUGUCUGUGCUGGCUGGAGUCAGCAGCCUCUUCUAUUGUCACAGAGACAUGUGGUCCCUGCCCGUCGUGGUGUGCGCCUUCUUCCUGGCCGUGCUCCCGUGGUGGGUCGUUAUUGCGCGUCGCUCUCGGCCCAUCAGAGAGGUGCUGUGGUCCAGCUGGCAGCCCGUCAUAUUGGCCAUGUCCAUCAGCAGUAUCGGUGGGCUCAUUCUGGACAAGACGGUGAGCGACCCCACCUUUGAAGGCAUGGCCAUGUUCACUCCAGUCAUCAACGGAGUAGGAGGAAAUCUAGUAGCCAUCCAGGCCAGCAGGAUGUCCACAUACCUGCACUACUGGAGCUCUCCUGGACAACUGCCCCCCAAAAUGAGUGGGACCUGCCCUAGCCUCCAUGCCACCUUUUGCUCCAAAGACGUCGACGCUAGAUCAGCCAGAGUUUUGCUUCUGCUUGUUGCGCCUGGUCACAUGCUCUUCCUGUACACCAUCUACCUCCUUCAGGGCGGCCAUACUGCAUUGACCCUUACCUUCAUCAGCUCCUACUUGUCUGCAGCACUAUUACAGGUUGUCAUCUUGUUGUACGUGGCUUCAGUGAUGGUGCGUUGGCUUUGGAGAAGAGGUCUUGAUCCGGAUAACUUUUGUAUUCCGUAUCUGACUUCACUGGGUGAUUUGUUGGGGACAGGCUUCCUGGCUCUGACUUUUAGAUUCCUAAUGAUGGCUGGUCCAGCUGGGAAUGGAGAAUAAUACGGAAGUUGCUUUAAUAUGUCAUGAAGGUGGUGACACUACCUGAGAAGACGACCAGAAAGAAAGAAGGAGCAACAACAACAGAGGAUUUGGAUGACAAAAUAAAAUGAUAAAAUUAUUUGAUAAAAUGAAUAAACAUAGACUGUAUAAAGAAGUGGGCUAAGGGAGUGUGACGUCACCUCUAGUGUUCGGCUCCAGUCAAAUGAAGCUCACGAUGCUAGCGGUUAUAGGGCUGAAUUUCUAACCAUGUUCCAUAUUAGCUAUACUUAUUUAUGGACAGAACAGCUAAAUAAAAACAACAGGAUCAUGUAGAACAAGUUAAUACAAACAUUUUAAGAACAAAAUGAUAAGGCUCACUGCAGCAGUUAAAGAGAGAGAAGUGACAAUUUUUUAAUGUAAAGUCAAUUGGAAACAGAGUCAAUGGAGCCGGAAGCGUCUCCAUGUACACUU